UCAGGCAGGCCAGGUCAGCAACGUGCGGGAAGCGAGGUACCGGAGGAGCAGGCAGAGAAUAGUCAGGGUCACAAGCCGGGUUCAGUAACUCACGGGCAGCACGGUACAGAGGAUCAGGCAGAAGGAUGGUCAGGCAAGCCAGGGGUUAAACAGGAGUUGGUCAGCAGAGGUCAGGAUCAAAGCAGGGGUCAGCAACUAGGCAGGAACACAGGAUACCAGGUACAGGGGCUCAUGGGAAACAUACAUCAAGGCACUGAUCACAGGCCUGGUCAUUCCUUAAAUACACCUCCUGCAAUCAGCCCCAGGUGUUGGCUGACUGCAGGAGUGAGCUUCUGGCUGCUGAGAGCACCCGCUGGUCAGCCCUGGUACUGCAGCCCACAUGGC